AUGGACCGGUCCAUCGGACUCCUGGCCUGCCUGGUGGGCAUCCUCCCGAUGGGUGCGCCGGCGCAGCGCUGGUCCAUGCAGGUGCCGGCCGAGGUGAGCGCGGCGGCGGGCGAGGCGGCCGUGCUGCCCUGCACCUUCACACACCCGCACCGCCACUACGACGGGCCGCUCACGGCCAUCUGGCGCGCGGGCGAGGCCUACGCGGGCCCGCAGGUGUUCCGGUGCGCGGCGGCGCGGGGCAGCGAGCUCUGCCAGACCGCGCUGAGCCUGCACGGCCGCUUCCGGCUGCUGGGCAACCCGCGCCGCAACGACCUGUCGCUGCGUGUCGAGCGCCUCGCCCUGGCCGACGAUGGCCGCUACUUCUGCCGCGUGGAGUUCGCCGGCGACGUCCACGACCGCUACGAGAGCCGCCACGGCAUCCGGCUCCGUGUGACCGCAGCCCCGCGGAUCGUCAACCUGUCGGUGCUGCCCGGCCCGGCGCACGCCUUCCGCGCGCUCUGCACCGCCGAAGGGGAGCCGCCGCCCGCCCUGGACUGGUCCGGCCCGGCCCUGGGCAAUGGCUCGGCCCCCGCACCGGGCCCGGGCCAGGGUCACGGCCACCAGGUGACCGCCGAGCUGUCCACGCUGGCGCACGACGGCCGCUACACGUGCACGGCCUCCAACAGCUUGGGCCACGCGGAGGCCAGCGUCUACCUGUUCCGAUUCCACGGCGCCUCCGCGGCCCCGGCCCUCGCCCUCCCGCUCGGCGCGCUCGGCCUCAAGGCGCUACUGCUGCUCGGCGUUCUGGCCGCCCGCGCUGCAGCCCGCCGCCGCCUAGAGCACCCAGUCACCCCGGACACCCCACCACGGCCCCAGGCUCAGGAGUCCAACUAUGAGAAUUUGAGCCAGAUGAGACCUCGGGACCUGCCAGCAGCCAUGUGUAUACCAUGAGGAGCCCCUUGGCCGCUGGCAUCCACUCAUACCCCUUGAGGAGCAGAGGCCAAGGCCGGGCUUGGUUGGGACAAGCCUUCCUGGCUCCUAGCCGCGUGGGCAGCCCGAGGCUGGGCGACCUCCCAUGAAGGGUGUCAAGACCCUGCUCACAGAGGCUCAGUGGUCUUCUGCAAGGAUGUCUGUCCCAGAGCCCCCAGGAUAUUUAUGACAGUGGGACCAGUGUUUUGUGUGUGUGUGUGUGUGUGUGUGCGUGUGCUCCAGCAUGAAACUCACAAACUCUCACCCUUUCCUACAUAGAACAUCCUAGUAAGACAGAGGUAUUACUAGGAGACCCUGGUCAGAGGGUCUCCCAGGCUUGGACUCGCUGUGUGGACCAGGGUACUUUUUCCACCUCUGGGGGUCUCAGUUCAGUUACUCGUGAGCAUGGACUCGUGAACAUGGGGUAUCCUUCCCUUCUGGCUGCUCGGCCUGUCAAGAUCGGAGGAAAUAAUGGAGGAAAGGUACUUUGGGAAGUACAAAGCCAUGUACAGAUGGGAAGGCAUAACAGGCUCCUCCUUGGAGGCACCCUCGGGACGUGCGGAGAUUUCUUGGACAAGUGGGGCCCCACACCAGCCUGGCUGAGAAGGAGGAUUCCAGAGAGCCAGCCUGGAGCUGGGGCUUCUGAGGCUGGGGCUGCGUAAACCUGUGGUCCCAGGAACGUCCACUCAGCCAUGAGGAGAAGCCUCAUACCCCUGCCUCCCGGGGUCUGCUCUGUGACUGCCCCCCACUUCUGCCCACCUCUUACCCCAUCGGCUGCUCUGAACUGCCCUGAGCUGGGACCCCUGUGGAAAGGAAGUGAAACACCCAUCCCCUCCCUGUGUCUGGGAUCCACUGUCCUCAAGGACCAAACGCUGAGAGGCUGGAGGGGCCGGUCUGGGCUGGAUGGCGCCACAGCUAUGGCUGCUGCGGCGGUGACCUCUUCCUGUGAGCCGCAGGCCCCUGCAUGGGCGAGGUCCAAAAGCACCAGUGAUUUCCCUGCAUCUGCCCGAGGCCUCCCAGACUGACUUUGCGGGGUGCUGCGUGUUUUAGCUCCCGCGGUCCUUGGGGUCUGGGGACAGGGGAAGAGGUGUGCUUGAAACCUGGGCAAGCUGGAAAGACCAAAGGGCCAUAGGGUUAGGGGACUGACGAGGCAACGGGAACAAACUUUCUUUCCCUCGGAGCUUUUCCCAAAGCUAGGCUGGAAACCCAGAGCAGGGAAAGUCCCUGGCCGAUGCUCUCUGGGGAGGUGGCCUGAAGUUCAGGGAUCUUUACAAGGUAACAAGCAGGGCAGUGGGUGAUGGGGCACCCUUGCUCACCAGAGCCAUGGCCAGGGCAAGCAAGUGUCACUAGCUCUGAGUUAACAUGGGACCCACCUGGGAGUCUGUUUGAAUUGCCAAAAAUGCGCUGGAUUUGCACCUCCUCCUACGAGGAUACUGCGGGCAUCUCCAUGGAGGGUCCCGUGUCACCAGGGAAGCAGCGAGGGACACGGGGUGGUGCAUCUUAAAAUAUCUGCGUAGACUUCAAGGCCUGUUUUGCAGCCAGGAAAAACCAUGGCAGAGUUAUUUGUUAGGGAUCUGUUUAGUGCUAGGAAUCAGGCCAGGCGUUUGGACAGGAAUGAGUAAGACGUGUGUAUCAGUCCAUCUGGGCUCGGUUGUGCAGCGCUCACCAACAAGCCCCCUGGUCACAGUGUCUGAGAACAGUCGGGGUUUACUGUCAGCAAAGUGAGGCCCGUCAUGACCGGGCAUUGGAGCAGUGCUCCUUGCACUUCCUCUGGGCCCUGGGCCCCCAGGAUCCACCAUCUCUCACUGUGGCUUGUUGGGUUGGAGAUAAAAAGAAAGCACUAUAAGAUCUCCCACUUGAGAGCAGGACUCAUUGGCCAGAACUAGCCACGUGCCCCACUCACCCUCAAGGGGCUGGGCAGUGAGACCCGACACUGUACCAGGAAUCAGGUAACAGAAACUGGGGGAACAGCCCUGAGGGCUCCGCAGUCAGACUUCCCAGGAUUUCUCACAUUAGCGAGCGACAGACCAGUAGGUGGAAAAUCAUGUAAGGGCAACAGUAUACUGAAGGCGCUAUGGGAGCACGCAGAAGGAUGACUGACCCAGUCCUGGGAAGGCUUCCUGGAGGAGGGGACAUGGAGAUGGUACUACAAGUGGGAGGAUGUAAAUUGGAAGGUAAGAACAAAGAUGAUGCCAAGCAGAAGGGACAGUCUGAGCAAAGGCCAGGCGGUCGGACCCAGCAUGGUAUUGAUGCAGCUGAAAGUUGCUGGAACAUGAGGGCAGAGGCCAGGCGGCGGGAGUUAGGGCUGCAGGAAGAGGAGCCUCCCACAGGGUGGCCGAGAAGCAGAAGGCAGCUGGGGUGCCCACGUGGCCCAGCGCGGUGCUGACUCCCUGCACGGCCCAGCGGGCUACCAGCACCCGCCCCGAUGCACCACGCUCUUAGACUGGGGUUUCCACCUUGAUACCCUGGGCUCCCUGAGCAGUGUUUCUGCCAUGGUUUCUGGGGGUUCAUGGGCACCUGCGGAGCUUGCUCACAUCCCUGUUCUAAGUGCCCCCUGGGCCUCCUAAAAGUGGGCUCUGGGGGUGGGCACUCAAAUAUUAAACAAAUGCCCAUAUGA